UGCCAGCAGCUGUAACCGAAAACAACAACUUCAACAACAAAUCAGCAGAUGUGAAAUACUAACGUAUAUCUUAAAAAUUCAUCGUUCUAUUGUGAUGUCGAACUUUUACAAGGAGCUGAAAGCAGAAUGGUUGAAUGCCUCGCCAGAUUUGUCGCGCUGCGGCCAGCUCCUGAACUCACUUAAAUUGGAGAUGGUUCGUGUCGGUUACGUGGAAGAUGAGGGUGAAGUGAAUCCGCAACAGAAACAGGAGUUGCAGAGGUCACGGGAUAUACUGGAAAUCGCUAUCGAACACAGCAUCAAGGUCAAAGAUAAUGCAGCAUUUGAGCGAUAUAUGACACAGCUUAAGAUGUACUACUUCGACUACAACAAGCAUCUUGACUCCUCGGAGCAGAUGCACAAAUUCAUGGGCCUUCACUUGCUCUAUUUGCUGGCCACCAAUCGCAUCGCCGACUUUCACAUUGAGCUGGAACGUUUGCCGUCGGCUCUGCUGCUGCAAAACCCUUUCAUUUCGCCGGUGCUGGCGCUGGAGAACUACUUCAUGGAGGGACGGUACAAUAAGAUCUUGCAGGCAAAAAAGUCGAUGCCAUCAGGGCUAUAUGCUGAUUUUAUGGAUCUACUGGUGGGUACUGCCCGGGAGGAAAUAGCCUCAUGCAUGGAGAAGUCGUACGGAAAGAUCGCACAAAAGCAGGCUGCAUUACGCUUGGGUCUCAAGCCCGACAGCCGUGAGAUGCAGGCUUUGGUCGCCAAACGGAACUGGACCCUUGAUAAGGAUGGCAACUUUAACUAUGCCGAGCUACACCGGAGGCAAAAGGAGAAAGUGCCGGCCAAAGAUAUCGCAGUCCACACAUUAACAUACGCGCAGGAACUAGAGAAAAUUGUUUGAAGUUAUAACAAAUGAAGCGUUUUACGUUAAUCCAAUCAGCUAGAAAAUGAUUGCCUGAAAUAGAGUUGCUUUCUUCCGAAAUUUGUCAGAUUAAAUUUGCACAGAACUCAA